AUCCUUAGACCACACCGAAUAGAAGAUGUCUAAGUAAUCACUGACUUACAGGAGUAGGUUCUGUUGUUACAAUAGGUUCAAUAGUUAUGUAAACGAUUGUACCAAUUAUUUUAUAAAAAAAUAUAGAGUAGGAUAAAGGGACAGAAGAUGAUGACUGAUAUGAUAGCGUUUAAUUUUAAUGUUCGUUUCUAUUGUGAAACGAUCUCAGUGUGUACGGUCAUUGCUGCGUUUGAUUACUUCAGUCAUUUGCUGACUUUGCGUGAGUGAAGUCUAUGUAAACAUAUAGAGAGUUAACACACUCCGUGUAAAUAAAUAUUGUUGACAUGUUUAGAACGCAAUUGAUAAAUAAAGCAUUUAAAAAUGAUUAUAGAAACUUUCUCGGUGUAUUAACAAAGAAGAAACAUGUAUGGACAAGUGAUAAUAUUGUUAAAUCGCCAUUUAAAGACAUUGUAAUUCCAAAUAUUAGCGUCGGUGAGCAUCUGGUGCAGAAUUUGGAGAAGUGGGCAACGAAAACUGCGGCGGUAUGUGGAAUAACUGGUCGACAAUACACAUACGAGCAAGUAUAUACGCAUUCACAACGACUUGGUGCGAAUUUAAGAAAAAAGUUAAAAAUACAAAAAGGAGAUACGAUCGGAGUUAUCUUGCCGAACAUGCCGGAAUACCUCGCGACCCUGAUCGGUUCACUUAACGCUGGUGGUGUCAUUUCUACAAUGAAUCCCAAUUAUACAGCGUAUGAAAUUCAACGACAAGUAACUAUGUCGGAUACAAAAUUAAUUUUCGCCGUCCGCGAAACGAUUGACGUCGUCAAAGAAGCAUUAAAACUAUGCCAAAAAAACAUUCCUAUUAUAGUUAUUAAUUUAGACGGGAGCUUACCAGAAGGAACUAUAUCUUUUAAAGAAUUAGCUGAAGACAGUCAUGUAGAUGUAAGCAUUUUAAAAGAAGUUAAAAGUAAGGGAGAAGAUAUCUCAUUUCUUCCAUAUUCUAGUGGUACUACCGGUCUACCUAAAGGUGUUGAAUUAACACAUUCUAAUAUUGUAGCUAAUUUACUACAACAGGACACAGAAUGUAGACAAUAUGAGUAUACAACUGAAACCUAUCAGGACAGUGUUCUGGUGUCUUUGCCGAUGUUUCACUGUUAUGGUUUAACAGUCGUCACACUUCAUAAGUUCUCAGUCGGUCUGAAACUAGUGACUGUGCCGCAAUUCAGACCAGAAACUUUCGUUAAUAUUCUAUCUAAUUUUAAUUUAAAUUUGUUCUACUUGUCUCCACCAACAGUAUUAUUCAUGGGAUCAUACCCACAAGUUCUACCAGAAUAUCUAGAACACUUGAGAUGCAUAACAUGCGGAGCUGCGCCUUUGCCUACAGCAGAUAUUGAAAAAUUCUUAAGCAAACUCAAACCCACUGCUCACUUCGCCCAAGCCUACGGUCUAACAGAAACCAGUCCACUUGCGACAGCCAAUCCAAUUGGAUACAAAGACUACUCGAAAGUGGGAUUCGCUUUACCUAGCAGUUCCCUGAGGAUAAUUGAUGGUAACAAUAACAACCUGGGUCCAGACGAGAUUGGAGAAUUAGUAAUGAAAGGACCAAAUAUAAUGAAAGGUUACAAGAACAAUCCGGAAGCCAAUAAGCAAGUAUUUUUAGAAGAUGGUUGGCUGAGGACCGGGGAUUUGGCAAAAGUAGAUGAAUUUGGAGCCGUGACUAUAGCAGAUAGGCUCAAGGAGCUAAUCAAGGUAAACGCAUAUCAAGUCCCACCAGCUGAACUCGAAAGUCUUUGUAAAGAGCAUCCUGCAGUAUUCGAUGCAGCUGUUGUUCCCGUACCAGAUGAAAAAACUGGCGAAAAACCAAAAGCAUUUAUAGUCGUCAAGAGUAGUGCAAAAGUGAACGAAGAAGAUAUAAUGGCGUUUGUAGCUGAACGUGUAGCGCCUUAUAAAAGAUUAAAAGAAGUUAAAUUUAUAGAUGAAAUACCUAAAAAUCCUUCCGGAAAGAUAUUGAGGAGGGUUUUAGUUGAAAAGUUUUGUUGAUUAAUGCUUGCAAUUAUAAUUUACUUCUAACUUACGUGCAUUUGCCAAUCAUUGUCGUCAAAAUAGGGCUUAUUACUGUCAUUAGGGUUAACAUUAUUAUUUAUUUAUUUCCAUUAUUAUUGAGUUUAUUGGUAAUAUAAUAUUAUCUAAAUACAUUUUUGAUAUUCAAUUCAGUUUUUAAGAUAUAGGAAAUGAAAUUGUAAGUCAAAUCUGGGAUAAUAACGUAAAUCCGAAUUUAUAACCUGAAGUGAUCGCGGCGUCGUAAAUUCUCGAAAGUUAUGGAUUCAUAUAAAAUUCCGUAUUAAAUCCACGAUUGAAUUUUACCAAAAUAAUUUAUCUUAGCAUUGAUAUAAUGCAUUUACAAAAAUGUUAAGAUAAUUUUUCGGUUCACUAUUCACACAAAAAUCGUAUUUAAAAUUUUGAUUUAAAUAUCAACACAUUUCUUCAUUAUUUACAGCGUUUACGUUAUUAAUAAUCAUUUAUUAUAAUUAUAGGUUAAAGUGCCUGAUGAAAUAAAUCAGCAAAUAAAUUUAAUUUACUUUUUAAUGAAGACGUAUUUUUUAUGAACAAAGAUCUUGUACAAUUUUACUCUGAUGACAAACAUUACAUCACCAGACCAAUGCAUUCAACAUGCAUUUCUAAAUGGAUUCAUCAUCAGUCUUCGCCAGUUCACUGCUGAACAUCAUUGGGGUUUUCACAAUGCA